CCACCCCAAUUUCAAGGACCCCUCCCCAAUAAAAAGCGUCUCUUCCUCCUCAUCCCUUUGGGGCCAUUCCCAGCCCUGGGGGUCUCCCCCUGGGGACCCCCUCCCCAAAUCCCCACCUCGGGGCUCUCCCCCCGGCGCUGGGGACCCCCCCGAACCCCCAAAACCCCGCAGGAGGUGGAGUUCCUGUCCUCGUCCCUGGCGCAGCUCAAGGUGGUGCAGACCAAGUUCGUGGAGGCCAAGGAGUGCCUGAACGUGCUGCACAAGGGCAACGAGGGCAAGGAUCUCCUGGUGCCUCUCACCAGCUCCAUGUACGUGCCAGGCAAGCUGCAGGACGUCAGCACGGUGCUGGUGGACGUGGGCACCGGCUACUACGUGGAGAAGGUGGGCAGGGGGCGUGGGGGGCUGGGGACCCCCAUGUCCACCCCUUUCCCCCCUCCCCCACCCCUCUUUGCUCCGGUUUUUGCCUCCUUUCAGCCCUUUCUGUGUCCCCAUUUCCUCGUUUUCUCACCCCAUUUCUUCUUCUCACCCCGUUUUUCCUUCAUUUCCCCCAUUUCCCACCCCAUUUUUAUUAAUUUUCCUCUCAUUUUCCCCAUUUUCUCCCAUUCCCACGGGUCCCCUUUCCCCCCUCCCGGGGUCCCUCCCUGGUUUUGGGGUCCCCUUUUCCCCCUCCCGGGGUUCCCCCCACGCCCCCCUGACCCCUCCCCGUUUUUGGGGUGCCCUGACCCGCUCCCCCCAGCCGUGCUGGAGAUGAUGACGCAGAAGCUGCAGCAGCUGACGGCGGCCCAGGGGGUCCCGGGGGGGGCCAAGGCGUAGCCCCCUCCCCAAAACCCCGCGGUGGGGGUUUGGGGGUGCAGCCCCCUCCCCAAAUCCCCGCGGUGGGGGUUAGGGGGUGCAGCCCCCUCCCCAAAAUCCCGACCCCCCCCAUUUUGUACCAGUCCCUGGAAUAAAGCAGAGACGGCUCCGA